AUGCCCACAUUAAUCAUACUACGUCAUGGACAAAGUGAAUUCAACAACCUAAACAAAUUUUGUGGUUGGAUUGAUGCAAAAUUAACAGAAAAGGGUAAAGAACAAGCAAGAUUUGCUUCAAAUUUAAUUAAACAAUCAAACUUAUCACCUCAGUUUUUAUUUACAUCGAAAUUAACAAGAACUAUACAAACUGGUAAUAUCAUAUUGGAAGAAUUAGGUUUAUUAUGGCUAGAUGUUGAGAAAACUUGGAGAUUAAAUGAACGUCAUUAUGGUGCAUUACAAGGGAAAGAUAAAAGUUCAAUAAGGGAGAAAGUUGGUGAUGAACAAUACAUGUAUUGGAGACGUGCCUAUGAUGGAUGUCCUCCAUUGAUUGAUAAAGAGGAUUCAGGGACAAGUGCGAUCGAUGAACGUUAUAAAUAUGUGUUGGAUGAAGUUCCAAGAGGUGAAUCAUUACAUAUGGUUGUUGAUAGAUUGAAACCAAUUUUAUAUGGUGAUAUUCAAAAAGAGUUGAAUAAGAGAGGUGUUGUUUUGGUGGUGGCUCAUGGUAGUGCCUGUAGAAGUAUAUUGAAACUGAUUAAAGGUAUAAGUGAUGAAGAUAUUAAAGAUGUUAAUUUCCCUAAUGCAAUUCCUCUAGUUAUGGAAUUGGAUAAAGAUAUGAAUUUGGUUAAAGAUGAGUAUUAUUUAGAUCCAAAAAUUGCAAAAGAAAGAGCUGAUGCUGUUGCUAAAGAGGGAUUUUAA